CAUUUCACAAACACUAACCUGGAACUUUCAUACUCUCUCUCUCGCUCUCUCUCUCUCUCGGCUAAAUGACAAAAAUGGAAAGAUAUAGGGUCACCUAAUCUAUAACCCCCUCAUUCAAAUUCUUAUAUGUUUAGCUCUGUAUAUUGUCAGAGCUUAAAGUUCAAUUCUUUUAACUCUAAACCUCUAAGGGCUUCAUGUUUGGAGGUUUUGGUGCUCAGUUUUUCUAUUGAAUUGCACGUUAUUGGUUCUGGGUAUUUGAAAUGGCGAGUUUUGAGAUGUCCCACAUCGAUUUAGAAUGCGGUGAUCACCGCGGUGGAGCUACCAGCGAUGAGGGUAGUCUCUGUUUCUCCGACGCGGACGAGGGUUCUUGUUAUUCUCAGUUCUAUUCCACAGCUGAUGGCUCUUAUGAUGACUAUUGUUUUGCUUGUGCCUCUGACUCUGAGAUUGGCGAAUCUAGGAAGGUUUCUUCGGUGGUCGAAUCUGAUUGUUCGGCGGAUGUCGAAAAUGAGGUGGGUGAAAUCAAAGUGCAUUUGAGGAAAUCAGAGAGAGAUUGUCGAAUCUGUCAUCUGAGUUUGGAGAGUACUGGUCCUGAGUCUGGGAUUGCCAUUGAAUUGGGUUGUUCUUGUAAAGAUGACUUAGCAGCAGCUCAUAAGCAUUGUGCUGAUACUUGGUUCAAGAUUAAGGGAAACAAGACUUGUGAAAUUUGUAAUUCAGUUGCACACAAUGUCGUCAGCGUGAAUGAUGUUGAGUUGGCACAGCAGACAAUUGAGACCAAUACCUUGGAAACAAAUGGAGCCUCUGUACCAGUGUCCACCGGUACAGAGACCCGAUGCUGCUUUAAUGGUCACCGUGUCCUAAAUUUCCUCCUUGCUUGCAUGGUAUUCGCUUUUGUGAUUUCUUGGCUCCUCCACUUUAACAUCCCAUCAUGAAUUCCUAAGGAGAUUGCACAAUUGCUAUCAUUAGGAAUGCAAGAAACAGUGUAGUUCUAUUAAUUCAACGUGUGAGUAUAUAGGUUACAUGAUCUUAUCUGUAUUUCAUACAUCUCUGAACUUAUUUAUAUCUGUAUUUGGAUGUUCCCAUGAUUAUGAGAGUGUUACCCGGCUUUUUCUCAAUGUAUGCAAAUACUUUGUUGAUUUUCAUUGUAACUUCUUCAAAUAUUAUGGUUUGUUAGUCACUUUUUGUUUCUUUUUCCGACUCAUUUACUCGGUUAUUUCACUGUUG